UCUGUUCAUGUCCCACUCUAAACCCUAACAAACCUCUUGACCCUGGAACUUCUCUCUCUCUCUCUCUCAUGCAACUGAUGCCAAUUUUCUUUCCAAACCAAUCCUAACCAUCCGAUCAAUCACAAUCACACCAUGAGCGAUUCUCGUAGCGUCUCUUGCUCCGAUGACUCUGUCUCUGUUGCCACUGCUCAACCGAAUGUUUGGCGGAGUUGUAGAAGUGGAAACGGUUGUAAUUCGCUGGCUUCGGGGUUGGCUCCAGAGGCUUCACGCCAUUGGCAGGACCUGUUCUGGUUAGGUGUAUUUGUGUUGCAUUUGGUUGGGUUAGGUCUUAUUCUAGGGGUACUUGGUAUUAAUAGGUUUAGGAAAAAGGAUAGGCUUAAUAUUGAUAAGUACACAAUGAGAUUUCUUGAGAAUCAAGCGGGAUUAACAGAGGACUUUUGGCCAUUGUACGCCGUUGCUGGUGGAGUAGGGACGCUUCUCGGGUGGACUUGGUUGUUGUUGCUUGGUUCGAAAGCGAAUCAGUUACUAAAGGUUUCGGUGCAUAUAUUAACCACUUAUCUUGCUGUGAUCAGUGUGCUUUGCUUUUGGGGCAAGCAGUUCUUCUGGGGUGUUGCAUUUGCCAUUGGUGCUGCUUUGCAGUUCUUGUACGUCAUAUCGAUCAUAGACAGACUUCCAUUUACCAUGCUAGUGGUGCAAAAGUCAAUGAAAAUGGUUUGGAGCCUUCCUGAAGUUAUGAGAGUAGCAUGUGCAUCCAUGGUAGUCAUGCUUUUAUGGCUAGCCUUAUGGUCCUUUGGAGCAGCUGGUGUUGUAGCAUCUAGCCUGGGUGAUGGUGGACGCUGGUGGCUUCUGGCGGUGUUCUGUGUAAGUUUGUUUUGGACGGGCGCAGUGCUCUGUAAUACUGUUCAUGUUAUAGUGUCUGGAAUGGUGUUUCUUGUACUCAUGCAUGGUGGUCAAGAAGCAGGAUCAAUGCCUCCCAACCCGCUGAUGAAGUCUCUCCGGUAUGCUGUGACAACUUCUUUUGGCAGCAUAUGCUAUGGAUCACUCUUUACAGCUGCUAUUCGGACAGUACGGUGGAAGAUAAGAGGAUUCAGGUCAAAGAUUGGCAGCAACGAGUGUUUGCUAUGCUGUGUUGAUUUCCUUUUUAAUCUGGUGGAGACUCUUGUUCGGUUUUUUAACAAAUAUGCCUAUGUCCAG